UAGAUGUACCGUUAGUGGAGAAAGCAGCAGAGAGUAGAGCAACCUGCGCCCGCGCACCACGUUGUGCGAGUAGAGCACGCGAGACGCGACCGCACGCCCGCCGCAGUGCCACGGAAAUUUGUAAACAAACUUGUGACAGUUCUUUAUUUUGUGGAUUUUAUUUACGUUAUACAGAAACAUGUUGGAGAGUACCAAGAUACACACACCGUCACAAAUGGCUAGUGUCUUCGACAUCGCCAAGGACACCGUCCUAUUCCUCCUUCUCUCCUGCUAUUACAUCUUGGAGUCGCUCUUCUGGACUUUAGUGCCCAAUGCUAUAAGGCCCAUGAAGAGUUUGAAGGGGGAGGUGGUGUUGGUGACAGGAGGUGCCGGGGGGGUGGGACGGCAACUGGCUCUCAAACUGGCAAGGCUUGGGGCGAGAGUCGUCGUGUGGGAUAUCAGUAAAGAAGGGCUGCAGAAAACUUGUGAGGCUGUGACGGCGGAAGGGUAUGAGAUCGCGAGUUACGUCGUGGACCUCGCCGACAGGGCUGCGGUCUACGCCGCUGCCGAGAGGGUCAAGAAUGAGGUUGGCAAGGUGGACAUCCUCAUAAACAACGCGGGAACUGUCUUCGGAGAGACACUUCUGGACCUGAGCGACUACGCCAUCGAAACUACCUACAAAGUCAACAUUCUCUCCCAUUACUGGACAGUAAAAGCCUUCUUACCGGCUAUGAUAGAGUCGGGUAAGGGUCACAUCGUGACCGUAGGCUCUGUCGCCGGCCUGCUGGGCACCUACCGCUGCACCGACUACAGCGCCACCAAGUUUGCUACUGUCGGAUUCCAUGAAAGCCUCUUUACUGAACUUAGGGCCCACGGCCACACCAGCAUCCACGCGACCCUCGUGUGCCCGUACUACAUAAACACGGGCAUGUUUGACGGCGUAACCCCGCGGCUGAUGCCGAUGCUUGAACCUGACUAUGUAGCUGAGACCAUGAUAGACUCCAUCCGCAAGAACGAGGUCAACUGCAUCAUGCCCGGAUCCGUGCGGUAUCUGCUACCGCUUAAGUGUCUCCUCCCGGCUAAGAUGUGCUGGGACCUGAUGCACCGCGUGAUGAAGGGGCCACAGUCUAUGAUGGAGUUCAAAGGGAAGCCCAAAGUUGCCACCGCCUGAACCGACAUUCCACCUUUGAUGCAGUCGCAAGCACUUAUAUUGAGCGUUAACAAAUUACAGUACGGAGGAAAGUGGGCAUACGGUCACGAGCAUUAAUAUGUACACACUUUGAUACCAUGUCACAUUAACUUUUUUGACAAAUUGAACUGUAAGUCACACUAAAUGUCAAAUAUGUUAGUGCGACAGAGUCCUAAAGUGGGUACAUUUAUUGCUCAUGACUGUACAGUACAUAGCGUUACGCCUGAAUCUUCGAAGAGGUAGGCAGGGCUACAUAGACACACUCCUCGCCAGCUAUGUUUAAGUAGUAGCCGCUCAUUGUAAUAUGUGACCACAAAAUAGCACGUAAUGGCCAACUCACACACCAAGGGCCUUUAGCCCGUGUUUGUUCGCACUGGUUCGAUUCAUUCGAUCGUCGAAUUAGGCAGAUUAUUUCCAUUUGUUCGACUGUCCAAUGCCUAUUGCAUUUACGUGCGUUGCUGCUUGGACUUCGGCUAUGCGCGACAGGAUUUUCUACCCUGAAAUGUUCUGUACAAGUUGUACAGAACAACCCUGACGUCUACAAUUGAAGAUCAUUGCUGAAUAUAGGUGCCUGUACCUGCAUGUAAUAAUUCAUUUCAAGGGUUCUUCUCGUUCACAUGAUUAACGAAGUGACUGACAAUGAACCCUGAUUUUGUAGUAAAAUUGUAACUCGUAAUUUUUACAUAAGCUUGUAAAUAAGCGAACAUUAUCUUAGAAGACUGAAUGAUCAUUGUAGAAUAAAAAUAAUUACUAAAAUAA